CAGAAGAAACAUGAGAAGCAAAAAUACGCAAAACAGAAAACGGUGCGCUCAUCGGUGUUCGGGGAAGGAAGCGCAAAUACAAGCUGUCAGUCCGGGAAAGAGAGGGGAGGAGGAGGAGGAGAGAGAGAGAGAGAGAGAGACAGACCUGUAAUCAAAGUGAAGCAUAAACCUGAGCUCAGUGGCAUUUCUCUGAUGUCCAACCUGUGAGAGAACUGCGGCUGUGGAUGAACCAAGUCCUUCUGACACUGGAAACACCCGAUGGUCGCAGUCAUGGAGUGCCUCAAAAACUGCUGCAAGAACUUCAUGAGGAAGAAGGAGAAGGAGCAGGAGACCCAAGUGAUCACAAUGAAGAUCCCACCAAACAAGCCAGAUGAAGGCAGGAGGGGUGUCACAGAAGAUUACCUCCUGUCCAAGCUGCCACCGGACGGCAGAGAGGUGCCGUUUGUCCUGCCGACCUUUAAGGCGUCUUACAUCCAACCCAGAGGCUCCCGCUUCCCAAACCUCCAGUCUGGACUGCAGAGUUCAGCCAGGUGCACGUAUGCAGACAGGAAGGCAGAGCUGUCAGGUUCCACUCACUUCUCCUACAGCCCCGAGUCCAGCCUCCAUCGGGGUCACAUGGCUGAAUACAUCUCUCCUGGCUCGACUCGCCGGGACACACUGAAGAACAGGAACCAAAGCCCGAAAGGUUGGACUCUGAAGCCCAGUGAGCAGCGUCUGAGCAGCUCCAUGUUUGAUCUGUCCAGCCCUCAGAGUCACGUGCAGCGCUUCGGUUCUGUAUCCAGUGUCCCCAGCAGCACAUCCUCCAUGAAGGACUCUGUAGAAAGCAGCCUCGAAUCCAUCACACUGUCUGGGGAUGAGCGUGAGUUGGGGAAGGUGUGUGUUCAGCUCAGCUACCAAGAGGCUUUGGAGCAGGUGUGGAUCACGCUGGUCCAGUGUUCAGACCUCAACCUUCCUUCAGAUGGAGUGGAACAACAGAAGAUUAGCUUUAAAGGGAUCAUCACCACUGGCAAACCCAUACAGUUCAAGACCUCAGUGAAGGAAUAUCAUCAGGAUGUCACCUUCAUGGAGACCUUUGUGUUUGCGUUGCGUCUCCAGCAGUUGCGUUGUAGCGCACUAGUGCUGCGACUGCAGACAUACACACCCAGGAAACGCACAGUGGCCGAGUGCGUCCUCUCUCUGCGACAGCUCAGUCCACAAGAAACACAGCACUGCCUGGACCUCCACCCACCGUCCAAAUCCUCUGUGUGUCACUCUGAGCUGCAUCUUGCCACUUGCUUCCAGCCGGUCAACGGACGCAUCCAGGUUCAGAUCCUCGCUGCCCAAAACCUCCCAGCAUCCUCCUCACCCCUCACCCAGGCGUUUUUUGUCAAAGUGGAGAUGCACCAGAUGGACCGGGUGGUGAUGAAGAAGAAGACCCGAGUGAUGAAGGCCUCAGGUGGACAGUGUCAGUGGGCGGAGACAUUCUACUUCCUGCUGGCUGCUUUAGACCACGCCUGCUCGCUGUCCAUCAAACUCUACAGUCGCAGCUCGGUCAGGAGGAAACAGUGUCUCGGACAGGUUCAUCUGGGAUUCGACAGCUCCGCCCCAGAUGCUGUGGAUCAGUGGAAGGACACGAUGGCUCAUCCAGAGAAAGUGGUGUCAGCGUGGCACCAUCUAAGCGCCCCUUGAACCUCUGCUCCUGACGUGGUCUUCACACCUCGCUGACGUAAUGCCCCAUCGCUGCAGGCUCGGCGCUGCCUGCCUGUUUUUCCAGUCAGUCGGUCACAGUCCUGACUGUUGGUACACAUUUAACUCCAUGGCCUGAAUGUGAAUGGAGCGGUGGAGCAGACUUCCACAGAGACAGUGAUCAGUUGUACAUAUGGGGUUCUGAACAAAAUGAAGGUGCUGGAAUCGGUUUUAUGAGCUUUUGUGUAGAGCAGAUGUAGGGUUUUUCUUAGAUUAAGAGUAGACUACUUCCUUGACAUUCCGUUUGCUGUAUAAAAUGUCUGUGUAUUAAAUGCUUUGUUCACUUAAAUAGAAAGUUUACAAGCAGAAUAAGUGACUGUAAAGCUCACCGUAUAAAACCUGGAUAUUUUCAGCCUCUAAAUACAACUCAUUUUUUAUUUACUUAAUGUUAGCUAUUAGAUUUUCAUCUGUAAUUUAACACUGUAGAAUGUUAUGUUACUGUAAAUAUUACAGCACAUGUAUCAAACAUUAGCUUUGGAUUAAAGCACUUUAAUUUUUUUUAAUUUAAUGUAUUACUGUUGAAGGUUUAGUGCAAUUAAAAGCAGACAUUGUUUGGAAA